GAUAAUUUUACGUUAUACACACUCUAAAAGCUCAGGGUGAAUCAUUUGUGAGGGUAUGUCUCAAGGUAUUCCCCCGGUUUCUGUGUGUCUUUGGACUCGCCCAAACUUGGUCCAGAUUUGAGUCGCUUGUGUUUUGCUAUCCGAGCGCGCUGUGCAUGAGGUGAAGGAUCACCGGUACCCUCUCCACGUCGGGCUGUCAAUGGCUUUCUGGACCUAUUGCAUUUGAUUGCCCGGGCCGUUUUUGAGUGACCACGACCAUGGAUAUUCUAUGGAUAUUAUGGACCUUGCCGGUCGUAAUAGCUGUUGAAGAGACACUCAUGGACUCCACCACAGCCACAGCCGAGCUCGGCUGGACCGUCUAUCCGGUGUCGGGAUCCAGCGACAACAGCUGGGAGGAGGUGAGCGGCUACGACGAAAACAUGAACACCAUUCGCACCUACCAGGUGUGCAACGUUUUCGACAACAACCAAAACAACUGGGUGCGCACUAAAUACAUCCGGCGGCGCGGCGCGCAGAGAAUUCACGUGGAGAUGAAGUUCUCCGUCAGGGACUGCAGCAGCAUCCCCAACGUUCCCGGCUCCUGCAAAGAGACGUUCAACCUCUACUACUAUGAGUCGGACGCUGACACGGCGACCAGGACCUCUCCGGCCUGGAUGGAGAACCCCUGGAUCAAGGUGGACACCAUAGCGGCCGACGAAAGUUUCUCCCAGGUGGACCUCGGCGGGAGAGUGAUGAAGAUCAACACCGAGGUCCGCAGCUUCGGGCCCGUGUCAAGAAACGGCUUCUACCUGGCCUUCCAGGACUACGGCGGCUGCAUGUCCCUCAUAGCCGUCCGAGUCUUCUACCGAAAGUGUGCUCGCAUCAUCACCAACGGGGCGUUAUUCCAAGAGACCUUGUCCGGGGCGGAGAGCACCUCGCUGGUGGCGGCGCGGGGGGUUUGCAUCUCCAACGCGGAGGAGGUGGACGUCCCCAUCAAGCUGUAUUGCAACGGUGACGGCGAAUGGAUGGUACCCAUCGGACGCUGCAUGUGCAAGGCUGGCAACGAGGCGGCGCAAAACGGGACCGUGUGUCGAGCGUGCCCGUCGGGAUUCUUCAAGCCCACUCAGGGCGAUGAGUCGUGCCGGCAGUGUCCCAUUAACAGCCGCACCACCAGUGAAGGAGCCAUAAACUGCAUCUGCCGCAAUGCCUACUACCGCACCGACUCGGAUCCCUUACAGAUGCCCUGCACCACGGUCCCUUCGGCUCCGCAAAACGUCAUCUCCAGCGUGAACGAGACCUCGGUCAUGCUGGAGUGGAUGAGCCCUCGGGAUUCGGGCGGCCGCGAGGACGUAGUCUUCAACAUCAUCUGCAAGAGCUGCGGAGGAGGCCGUGGCGGCUGCACACGGUGCGGCGACAACGUCCAGUUCCUUCCCCGCCAGCUGGGUCUGACCGAGCCGCGGGUGUAUAUCAGCGACCUGCUGGCACACACGCAGUAUACGUUCGAGGUGCAGGCGGUCAACGGUGUGUCGGACCAGAGUCCCUACUCGCCGCAAUACUCUUCGGUCAACAUCACCACCAACCAAGCUGCGCCGUCCACAGUGUCCAUCAUGCACCAAGUGAGUCGCAGUGUGGACAGCAUCACUCUCUCCUGGUCCCAGCCAGAUCAGCCCAAUGGAGUCAUCCUGGACUAUGAGCUGCAGUACUAUGAAAAGGACCAGUCAGAGUACAAUUCCACCGUCGUGCGGAGCCAGACCAACACGGCGGUUGUCCGAGGCCUCAAGUCGGGGAGCAUCUACGUCUUCCAGGUGCGAGCGCGCACCGUCGCUGGCUUUGGACGCUACAGCGGCAAACUCUACUUCCAGACCAUGACGGAAGCUGAAUACAACAGCAGCAUUCGCGAGAAGCUGCCCCUCAUCAUCGGCUCGGCGGCUGCGGGCUUGGUCUUCCUCAUUGCUGUGGUUGUCAUCAUCAUUGUGUGCAAUCGGAGGCGUGGCUUUGAUAGGGCAGAUUCCGAAUACACAGACAAGCUGCAGCAUUACACCAGCGGCCACAUGUCUCCAGGAAUGAAGAUCUAUAUUGAUCCGUUCACGUAUGAGGACCCCAAUGAGGCCGUGCGCGAGUUUGCCAAGGAGAUUGAUAUCUCCUGCGUGAAGAUCGAGCAGGUCAUCGGCGCAGGAGAGUUCGGCGAGGUGUGCAGCGGCAACCUGAGGCUGCCCGGCAAGCGGGAGAUGUUUGUGGCCAUCAAAACCCUGAAGACGGGCUACACGGAAAAGCAGCGGCGGGAUUUCCUCAGCGAGGCCAGCAUCAUGGGCCAGUUCGACCAUCCCAACGUCAUCCGCCUGGAGGGCGUGGUCACCAAGAGUAGUCCCGUCAUGAUUGUCACUGAGUUCAUGGAGAACGGAUCUCUGGACUCCUUCCUCAGGCAAAAUGACGGCCAGUUCACGGUUAUCCAACUGGUGGGAAUGCUACGAGGCAUCGCCUCGGGUAUGAAGUACCUGGCUGACAUGAACUAUGUGCAUCGCGACCUGGCCGCCCGCAACAUCCUGGUCAACAGCAAUCUGGUGUGCAAGGUCUCUGACUUUGGCCUCUCGCGCUUUCUGGAAGAUGACACGUCAGACCCCACCUACACAAGUGCCCUGGGUGGGAAAAUCCCCAUUAGGUGGACUGCGCCCGAAGCCAUCCAGUACAGGAAGUUCACCUCGGCCAGCGAUGUGUGGAGCUACGGGAUCGUCAUGUGGGAAGUCAUGUCGUACGGGGAGAGGCCCUACUGGGACAUGACCAAUCAAGAUGUUAUUAACGCCAUUGAGCAAGACUACCGGCUGCCGCCCCCUAUGGACUGUCCCAGCGCGCUGCACCAGCUCAUGUUGGACUGCUGGCAGAAGGACCGCAACAACCGACCUAAAUUCAGUCAGAUCGUCAACAACCUGGACAAGAUGAUCCGUAAUCCCAACACCUUGAAGGCCAUGACCCCCUUAUCAUCAGGUGUGCAUCUGCCAUUGCUGGACCGCAGCAUCCCAGACUUCUCGAGCUUCAGCACGGUGGACGAGUGGCUGGACGCCAUCAAGAUGGGCCAGUAUAAGGACAACUUUGCCAACUCAGACUUCACCACGUUUGAUGCGGUGUCCCAGAUGACCAUGGAUGACAUCCUGCGGGUAGGCGUGACAUUAGCGGGCCAUCAGAAGAAGAUUCUCAACAGCGUCCAGAUGAUGCGGGCCCAGAUGAACCAGAUCCAGUCAGUAGAGGUCUGACCUUCCCCCAAGAAGAGCAGCGGUCCUGAGAGGGCCGGCCGGGGGGCUCUGAGGGGGGCACCCCUCCACCCCACCCCCGGCAAGCACCGAGGACGAAGCGGAUGCUUGUUGGUGUGAUCCCACCCCUUCCUUGACACUUUCCCUUCCCUCACCCAACACUCCUUUACUCACCCCUUUCACCAUCCAUCCACAGAGAGUUCUGGUAUUGAGAACCACAGGAGCCCCAAAAACAAGUGACCAGCAACACUUAUUUUUCUUCAUCCACCGAUUUUCAAGGUUUGUUGUCAUAAUUUUGUAAAGAAUUUUGUAAGGGGAAAAAAAGAUAAAUAAUGAAAGGAGUUUAUGGACAAUUAAAGACAAUAUAAAGUUGGACACUAGAUGAGUAGGAGAGCUACCCUUUAAAAGGGCGUGAUACAAAAAAAAAAAGAAACCAAGCAUCUGUCUGUCCUGGAAGACGGG